UUUUGUGUUCGGACGUGUCGACGGAUAGUAUUGAAGCCGCAGUUGGUCCCAGUUAGCGUUGAAGUUUUUUUUUCCCUUGUUUGUUUUCUCUCCGCACUUCAACUACAGUAUUCUCAUCAACGUUUCAGUGUGUGCGUUUGCGUGUAUGUGUUAACCGAUUGACGCGUGCGCGCUCCUAACGAAAAGUGUAAACAAAACAGAAGCGGCAAGAGAACUUUGUGUUUGCGCGCAUUGGUUUGUGUGUGAGUGAGGUUGCAGCGGAGUAACAGAGCAGCGUAGCGGCUGAGGGAGUGACAUGAAAAUGAUCGGCAGCGAUUACGUUCUGGAGGCGCACAACAUCUUUCAUACCACAGAGGUCGAUGGCGGCGGUUGUUUCAAUGGCGGUGGCAGUUCGGCACUUGUGCUCAAAGGUGUCAACUUGACUGUGCACAGUGGCGAAGUGAUGGCCAUAUUGGGUUCAAAAGGCAGCGGCAAACGCGCUUUGUUAGAUGUCAUUGCGCGUCGAGCUGAUGGUGUGACACGCGGUCAAGUAUUGCUCAAUGGUUCGCCACUGACUAAAGCGCUCUUCCAGCAGCGCUGCGGCUAUGUGACGCAAUCAUGCACUUUUAUACCGGGACUGACGGUGGCGCAGACGCUGCAUUAUACGCCGACAAUUCUAUCUGGUUAUAUGAAAAGCUCAAAGGUACGUCAAGUUCUUGCUGAUUUGGCGCUCUCUCAAGUGGCUCACAAGCGUGUCGAAUAUUUGAAUAUGAGUGAGGCGCGCAGGCUAGCCAUUGGCAUACAGCUGGUGAGGGACCCAGUAAUGCUCCUGCUCGACGAACCCACUCAGGGUUUAGAUCCGCUCAGCGCCUAUUUGCUCAUAUCAAUACUAUCGAACAGCGCCAAGAAAACAGGUUGCGGUAUUUUACUCUCCUUAGAGAAGCCACGUUCCGAUGUAUUUCCCUUUCUCGAUCGCGCGCUAUUCCUUUGCCUGGGCGGUGUGGUCUACUCUGGUGGCACGCGCGCAAUGUUGGAGUAUUUUCAUAGUAUCGGUUUUCCAUGCCCACAACUCGAGAAUCCGUUGAUGUAUUAUCUGUGUUUGUCCACUGUGGAUCGCAGAAGUCGCGAUCGCUUUUUGGAGUCCAGCCAGCAGAUUGAAGCAUUGGUAGAGCGAUUUUCACGCGAAACGCCCAUGUCCGAUGCGCCGCUUAACACAAUGGGCACCGGUAAAGUGCCACUGGCAUAUGGCAAGCCUGGCGAGUUGAAAGUCUGGAUUAUGUUGUAUUUAAAACUGCUGGCUUCAACCUUUUCCUGCGGCAUUGCUGGCAUGAAAGCGCUUUUUAUGCGUCUAUUAUUGCAGCCGUUGGCGAUGGGGCUUUUAUGGCUAUUUUACACUAAUGUUGGCGACGAUUCGCAUGGCUUUUUCAGCAAAAAUGGCAUGAUUCUCAAUAUUAUUGGCUUGGCGUAUGGCUGCGGCAUACUCACCACAAUUUCGCUAUUUCCCAUCUGGCGCAAACGAUUUUCACAGGACACACCCGAAGGCUUGUACUCAGGCGCUACAUUGCUGAUCGCCUACAAUUCCAUAGCCAUACCAUUUUCUUUGAUAUCGGCGAUAUUUGCCAGCUGCGUGAUUUAUCCCCUGCUCAUAGAUCCCAAAUUCCCGAAUGGCACCGUUUUCGCCUAUUUGCUGGUAGCGUUGUGGUCUAGCUUUGUGCUCGCCGAGCAAUUGAGCAUCGCCUUCUUGCUGGUCGUAAAAGUGCCUUUUAACGCCGCCAUUGCAGUCACUUACAUUCUCGUGAUUAGCAUAUCCUUGGCCAGUGGCACUGUGCGCUCGUUCAAAGGCCUUCAGCCGUGGCUGCAGGACAAUACAAAGGGCACCCACACACGCUAUGUGUCUUCGUUGUUGCAUAGCAUCGCUUUUCAGUCGCGCAAAAUGAAUUGUACUCCCACAGCGUCUGUUAUAUGCCCCAAACCGGCUGAUUUCCUGCACGAACGUCUCGGCAUGGCCGAUCCAGAUGAAACAAUUGAUGUUGCCGCCUCGUGCGCCUUCGCUGUUGGCUUGGCUGCCUUUAAUAUGUUACUCUAUUUAUUCCCAAUGCCCAGAUGUGUGCGACAGAAGUUUAAAGACUGAAUCAAUGGAUGAAGAGAUGAAACGCUUGCUCGUUCGCGCUCCACUGAAUUGCAUUUAAGGAUUAGCUGUAUUAAGUAUUGGAAGCUCUAAAACUGUAUUGUAUAAACACA